AUGACGUUUACUACACGACGUAAACGUAAUUUAGAACCCCUCGCAUCUGCACAUUUUUCAGCCAGAACUUUUCGAAACUCAUCAUCGAUGAUUACGUGUAUCGAUAAGUCCAUAACCAGUAAUUUUGCAAAUCGUGGGGCUUUGGUGCAGCAGGCUUCCAUGCGGCAUAAGAACGGAGGAUGUUAUGUUUGUCCUGGUGGCGGCUAUGAAAGAAGUUACCGGUAA